AUGGCGAAUUAUCUGGAACUGGACUACUCGUCGUGUCUCGACCAGCACGGCAACAAGAUCUCGCAAUGGGGCCAGCCAAACCCCUGCGUGCCAUACCCCUCGACCGUCAACCCAUACAACAUCACCAAGCUAUCCGACUUCAAGAUGAGCAUGCUGCAGGAGAUCAUCACCAACAACUACUUCGGUAUCAACCUGGCGAUGUGCUACUAUGCCUCCGCCCUCUUGCCCCAGACCUUCAUCGCCAUAGACGAUGUCAUUGACAACCCUUCAACGCUUGAUCUAGCCGUUCUAACGCUGCACGACUUCACCACAAAGGCAUUCCCAGCAACAAUAAACGGCUCCGGUCCAAGGGCUGUGUCCGACUGGUGGUGGGACAACGUGGCUAACGAUAGAAUUGGCACAGCGGCCUUCCUUAACUCCACCAAAUAUCAGUGCACCGGAGCGAUUUGUCACUCUCUCUCGGGAAUCGGAGAUCCAGAUAUCACAGGUAUCGGUAUGCUCAUCUCAACCGCCAUGCUCAUCGUGCUUGCGGUCCUCUUCGCCUUCCCAGCCCUGUUCAGCUGGACACCCCUCGGCAGCUAUAGACAAGGCGUCUCAAGCUUGUCGAAACGCUGGGUCCUACGGGACUCCCUCGUGGCGUCACUAGAUGAUCUCUUUUCGGCUGUGAUUCUCUUCACUGUCUCUGUCCUCAUAUCGACAAUAAUCUACAGGCUGUGGAAUGAGACGUACUAUGACAUCUUCAUGGCCGAGGUCCUCAGCCUGAUCAGCAGCACAGCCAUGGUCAUGAUCGGAGCCUCCUACUGGAACCACUUCCGCGUACGACCCACGAACUUGAUUGGCUUCGUGGCCAACUGUCUGCUCACAAUCAUACUCUUCGGCAUCGAAUUCUGGUUCCAGCACUCGAACGAAGAGCCCGAGGCCGGUAUGAGCAAAGGGUUGACCGCGAAACUGCCCAAGCCACUUGUCGUGCUGUUACCGAACCACAAUGAAGAAGGAGCGGAGAAGCAACUACCAACGCCGGAUGCAUAA